UUUGCUCUCCCCAGACUACCUCAAUUCUGAAUCCUUAUAAAUAUAGGUGUCCCCUUCUUGUUAAAUAGAUGAUACAAGGAAUUUAGAGUCAUGAAGAGAGGUGAAAGUUAUGGUGGUGGUCAGAGUUCACUGGGUUACCUAUUUGGGUCUGAUCAGCAACCAAAUGCACCGCCAGCCUCCCCAGUGGUUUACAAACCACCAUGGGGCGACGAUAACAGCACAGAUAGAGCACCCAUCAUAUCUUCUCCUUCCCCAAAAUCCUCGAAAUCAAACAGGUCCAACAACUAUCCCAGAGCUCAUGGCCAGAACAUGGGAAACAUCAUUACUGAGCGUCCAACUACAAAGGUUCAAUCAGUUCCUGGUGGAGACUCAUCUCUCGGCUACUUGUUCGGAGAAAAGUGAUGUUGUUCUCUCCCUCUUUCUCUCUCUAGUAGAUUAUGAAGAACAUUUAUGGGUUUCCACUAAAGGAAAUAUAAGGGCUUCAGUUUCCAUCAGUAUAUGGGUUCACUGAGUGCCCUUGUGUUGUUUGAUUUAACAUAGUUACAGAAAGGGGUUAGACUCAUGAGACAGACAAUAGUUGGUGUUUCUAAACUUAUAU